CCCUGAGGAGGCAAACGGUUUGAUUGAUUGAUUGAGGUCGCCCUUUCACCGCGGAAGCGGUCGCCCUCCUCGAGCUCUUCCUCCACGCGGACAAAGUGCUGCCCCAAACACAAAGACGCUCCACGUGAUCUCAGACUGCGACAGUGUGUGCUGAUGGCGCUUAAAAACAACACCAACACGAGCAAGACGAUCGCGAGGAUCCGGCAAGCCGUAAGCGUUCUCCUAGCAAAAAGGCAGACGCUCGGGGUCGUCAUCCACUGGGCCCCGAGCCACCGAGGGAUCAGGAUCAACGUCUUAGCAGACAUCCUCGGAGACUUUACCCCGGAGAGGAUGCCGCCCACCGAUAUGCCUUGCCUCACGAAAAGGAGAAUCGCCUUCCUCUGCCGCACCGACCGCGAGAGGCGAAACGCUGCUGACGGGCCUAACGCCUUGCCUGCCGCCGACGACACCACCCUCCGGAGGACCUACAGGACAAGGAGGCUAGGCAGGCCACCUCUCGCAGGACUGACCCCGGGACAGGAGAGAGUGGUCUUCUCCAUCUGGUCAGGAGAAAACUUCCUACCGGCUGACGCGCUCUGCCCGAUGGCCAGGGCCGGAGGAUUGCCCCCGAGGUGCGCGAGGUGCUCGGCAAGCGUUCCGAUCCGCAGAGCCUCUGGCGGGAGUGUCUUAGCGGGGGCCUACUCUGGGGGUGACAUGUGCUGCCAGCUGGUGGAUCACCUCAUCGCGGGUUGCCGAGUGGCGCCGGAGCAUGUUGCUUUCGCCAUGGCGGACCCGGUCGAACUAGUAGCGAAGGACCCCAAGAGGCACACAGACCGCGUCUUGGCCACGCUGGGUCUCCCGAGCACGCCUCCCUCUUGGCCCAAGAAAAAGAAGGAGCCAAAGCCAAGCAAGGCAGAGGAGGAGAAGAACACGCCACCAGAGUGGAAAGCCAGCGCGGGCAAGGCGGUCCGAACCAGACAGGAGAUGGGCGGCGCUUGGGGCACCAACUCCAGCGAACCGUCUGGCAACCUGCUCGGGGCGAUUGGCCUCCUGGAAGGGCAGGGGGGAAGCCCAGGGUAAGAGGAGAGGGACCGCCGCGAGGUAGUCAGACGAGGCGGAC